AUGAGGCUUUCAAAGAAUCUUGGUCUGGUGUUUGUGUCGUUGGUGGCGGCUCAAGAGUGGGUGGCUGGGCCAAAGGGUCUAGAAGUCGUGUCGUCCAAACUGUUUAAUGGCGCUGAGAUUUCGUACAAGAAGACUUCUGUUUGUGAGACUACUGAGGGUGUCAGUGCUUACAGCGGUUAUGUAUCGCUUCCGAAGAGUUUACUGCCUGAUUUUCAGCAUUGGGAUGAAAAGCAGAGAGCUCAUCUGUUCUUCUGGUACUUUGAGGCCCGAAACAAUCCCUCUACUGCCCCAACAUCAAUCUACAUAGGCGGCGGUCCCGGCUCAUCCUCCUUCGACAAUACAAACGGUUUCCCCUGCUCCGUGAACGCCGACUCCAACUCAACGACCCUAAACGACAUAUCAUGGAACAAGCACGUCAACAUGCUAUACAUCGACCAGCCACUGGGUACAGGCUUUUCGUACGUUGAUCUAGUCAAUGGAACGUUUGAUACCCUCACCCAGACGUUUACGCCGGUGAAGGGGGAGAAAGUGCCAGAGACGAAUGGGACGUUUUUGCAGGCGACUUUUGACUCCGGGGAGUUGGAGACUGUGCCGAAGACAACGAUGAGUGGUGCUAGGACUAUGUGGGCUUUUGCACAGGUUUGGUUCAAUGAGUUUCCGGAGUGGCACACUGAGAAUGAUGAGAUAUCACUCUGGACAUCUUCAUACGGUGGCUUCUACGGCCCCAACUACUUCUCUUACUUCCAAGAUCAAAACACCCUCAUCUCCAACUCCAAACCAACCUUUAAAAACGCUACGAUUCUUAACCUUGCGACUCUGGGUCUUCAAGAACCUGGCAUUGACGCACGAGCUAUGGCGAAGGGGUACCCUGAGUACGGUCAUCAUAAUAACUACGGUCUUCAAUUCUUUGACGAUAAGACGUACAAGGGUAUGCUCGAGCAGAUUGAGGAACCAAAGACGGGCUGCUAUGCGUUGACGGAUAAGUGUCGUGCUCUCGUGGCGGAGGGCGACCCUGAGAGGUUCGGGAAUAACGAGACUGUUAAUGAAGCUUGUCUUGCGGCGACGAAUUUGUGCUUCUUUGGGAUACAGGGGACUUACCAGGCUACCUCCGACCGAUCGCCUUUUGACAUCACGCACUCCAACACCACGCUCUUUCCAAAGCCUUACAUUGAGAACUUCUUCAACCAACCUUGGGUCCAGCGCGAUCUCGGAGUUCCGCUUAACUUUACCACUGGAGUCAAUAACAUUGGUAAAGUGUGGUUGGGACAGACGGGAGAUAUCAUGAUUGGGAGUCUUCAUGCUGUGGAGAGGGUUAUUGAGCGGGGUGUCAACGUUGCGUUGAUCUACGCUGAUCGCGACUAUCGCUGUCCUUGGUACGGCGGUGAAAACAUCAGUCUUUCACUAAACUUCCCCUCUGCUCCUGAGUUCCGCUCCGCUGGAUACACACCCAUCAAGACGAACUGCUCCUACACAGCUGGUUUCGUCCGCGAGCACGGCAACGUAUCAUUCUCACGAAUUUUCGAGUCUGGACAUGGUGUAGCGGGGUAUCAGCCCGAGGCGCUGUCUGUGAUCUUCAACAGAGUCAUGUCGCGACGGGAUUUAGCGACUGGAGAAGUUGAUCUGAAGAAGCAUAAGGGAUACAAGACCAAGGGACGUAAGAGUGUGAGGGGUGUGAUGAAUAAGGUUCCUGAGUCGCCGGUGAAUAUGUGCUUUGUUAGGGAUGCGCCGUUGAGCUGUACGGAUGAGCAGUUGAUGGCAUUGGCGGUGGGUGAGGCCAAAGUUAAGGAUUGGGUUGUUGUUGAGCCGAAGGGGAAGAAGCCUAAGGCUAUGGAGGUCGAGAGGAGGGGACGAUUUGUUUGA